CCAAUUCGUAAAUCCUCAACUAAUACGACCGUUCUGAUGUAAUCUUUUAUAUAAUUUUUGUACUUUUUUCAACUUAAAUUAAUGCUAACUUUAUAACACUAACUUUUUAUUUAUUACCUUAUUUUGUAAUUUAUUUUGAGUGGAAAGAUUAAAGAAGAAGGAAGAUUUGAAAGAAAGAACAAAAGAAACCGAAGACAAAACCUACAAAAAUGCCAGGAGCAACCUUAAACAAGCAAAUGACCCAACAUUACAUGAGCCUGCCACAAGCUGAUGAUCAGAUACAGGCCAUGUACGUGUGGAUCGAUGGGACAGGUGAAUACCUCAGAUGCAAAACAAGAACUGUCAACUUUGUGCCACAAAAAGCUGAAGAACUGCCAAUAUGGAACUACGAUGGUUCGAGUACUUACCAAGCGGAGGGCUCCAACUCUGACAUGUUCCUGAAACCUGUGGCACUCUUCAACGAUCCGUUUAGAAGGGGGAAUAAUAAAUUAGUGCUCUGCGACACCUAUAAGUACAACAAUCUGCCUGCUGACAGCAACUAUCGUGUGGAAUGUAAAGAAGUGAUGACGAAGGCCACUGACCAACACCCCUGGUUCGGUAUCGAGCAGGAAUACACACUCCUCGACGUCGAUGGACAUCCUUUGGGCUGGCCCAAGCUGGGAUAUCCCGGCCCACAAGGCCCAUAUUAUUGCGCAGUCGGUAGCGAUAAGCAGUACGGCAGGGACAUCCUCGAAUGCCACUACAGGGCCUGCCUCUUCGCCGGCAUCAAAAUCGCCGGCACAAAUGCAGAGGUCAUGCCCUCUCAGUGGGAAUUCCAAAUUGGACCCUGUGAGGGCAUUGAGGCUGGAGACCAUUUGUGGAUGGCGAGGUUCAUACUGCACAGAGUGGCAGAGGAUUUCGGUGUGGUUGUAACCUUUAACCCCAAACCGAUGCCAGGAAAUUGGAACGGGGCUGGGGCACACUGCAACUACAGCACAAUCGAGAUGAGAGAGGAGGGCGGACUCAAGGCAAUCAACAAAGCCAUCGAGAAGUUAUCGAGAAGGCAUGAGGAGCACAUCAAGGCGUACGAUCCCAAGAAUGGAGAGGAUAACAAGAGAAGGCUCACUGGUCUCCACGAAACGGCGAGCAUCGAUGACUUUUCGGCCGGGGUGGCGAACAGAGGUGCCAGCAUUCGAAUACCGAGACAAGUUGCAUCGGACGGUUUCGGUUACUUGGAAGAUAGGAGGCCCGCAUCCAACUGCGAUCCAUACAGAGUUACGUCCAUGAUCGUCAAGACGACUGUACUCGAGUGAGGUGCAAGAGUACUCGAGUCAGGGUGCAGGAGUACUGAACUUUGCCCUUGAUUAGAGUGCGAAGGAACUAGAUUUGAGUGAAAUUGAAUGAAUGGUUAAAUGUUUGAUAGAUUUAAGAAAUGAAACGAAUGAACGGAAAAUAGAAACUGAAUGAAAACGAAACAGAUUAACGAGUAUGAAGGACCUCGUGCUGUGGGAGGGAUGUUGAUGAUAUUUGAUUGGAAAUAACCUUUAUAGCUUCUACGUAGAAACGUACACACAAACACACACACACACACGCACGCACGCAAGCAAGCACUUGAAACUGCAAACACUCGAGGAACAGGUGCUUAGAAGUUUGUAAUAGAAAUAACAGCAGAAUGCUCUCUGAUUCCUCAUCCGCACACAUUUAUACGUGCAAAUAAUUACUUAUAUAGAUGCAUACAAUGUAAAUAUACCUACAGAAACUUAGAAAUACGCACAAAUACUUAGAAAUACGCACAAUGCAAACGUCUGAAUUACCUACAUGGCACGCACAACGUACACCGCUUGUAUUUGCAAUGUCAUUCAACACAUUCAUUGUAUCAAUCACAAUAAUCAAUCUCGCUUUUUGUUUUAAUAGCAUUAAUAAUAUUAAAUAUAUUUUAUUUAUAAUAUGAAGUAACCAGUUGUAGUUACAGUAACGAUACUUUGAUGGCUUCUUUUUUAAAUCUUCGUCUCUUACUGAGUUUUUAUAAAAGCUUUUUCCAUAGUCGUUGCGUAAACUGAUAUUCGUAAAUGUGCGUGUGUACAACUUUUGUUUUUAUAUUUGUAUGUUUGUAUGUAUGUGUUUGUACAUUACAUAUGUAUGUAUGUUUAAUGUAUGUUUGUAUAUAUGAAUGUAUGUAUGUAUGUACGUGAAUAAAAUACAAUAAAGACAAUAGCGUAGAGCGUGGCAUAUUACAAUAAAGAUGUGCCGAUCGUAUUUUGUGUGAUAAUAUAUUUUUUGGUGUUUUAACAAUAAAACUGCUUUAUGACAUUGCUAUAAUACUUUAAAUUAUUUCA